CCUUUUGCAAUGAAAAGAACAACCGCUCAAAAGUCAAAAGACUCAAUACUCAAGACUCACACUGUCACACUACUCAGCUGAGCUGACUGCUUGCUUCGCAGCUCAAAUGUCUCAGACCCUCUUUCAACUUCCACUGGCUCCCUCUUCUUCUCGUUCUUCUUCAAAUCUCUAUAAAAACUCUAAUCUCCUUUACCCACACUCUCCAAUCUUCUCAAACCCCACGUUUCCUCACCCGUUGACUUUUCAUUCCAAGCUCCGAAUAUCACAACCCACCUCCAUAACACCCAUUCGGAGCCAUCCCAUGUUACAUUCAAGCACUAACAGUAACAGUGACAGUAACAGUACCCCAAUUGACAAUCCCAGAUGGUCUCUCCGUGGAAUGACCGCCCUCGUCACCGGUGGCACUCGCGGAAUCGGGCAUGCGAUUGUAGAGGAAUUGGUGGGGUUUGGAGCCAGAGUGCACACGUGUUGUCGGAAUGAGAGUGAGCUUGAUGGGUGCUUGAGUGAAUGGGAUAAUUUGGGUUUUGGGGUUACUGGGUCAGUCUGUGACGUGUCAGUUCGAUCUCAGAGAGAGGAGCUUAUGAGCACUGUGUCCACUUUGUUUGAUGGGAAGCUCAACAUCCUCAUAAAUAAUGUCGGGAGAAACAUACGGAAACCGGUAGUGGAUUUCACUGCUGCUGAAUUUUCUACUCUCAUGGCAACCAAUUUUGAAUCUGUUUUCCAUAUUUCUCAACUUGCUUAUCCGCUUCUCAAAGCAUCAGGAGUGGGAAGCAUUGUAUUCACCUCCUCUGUAUCGGGUUUUGUUUCACUGAAGUCUAUGUCUGUUCAGGGAGCAACCAAAGGAGCAAUUAAUCAACUUACUAAAACUUUGGCUUGUGAGUGGGCAAAAGACAAUAUAAGAAGUAAUGCUGUUGCACCUUGGUACAUCAGAACUUCAACGGUGGAGCAGGUGCUCAGCAACAAAGAAUACCUAGAAGAGGUGUAUUCUCGAACCCCUCUUCGGCGUCUUGGAGAUCCAAAGGAGGUCUCUUCCCUUGUGGCAUUCCUUUGCUUACCUGCAUCAUCCUACAUCACUGGGCAGAUUGUUUGUGUUGACGGAGGGAUGUGUGUAAAUGGUUUCUACCCAAGACAUGACUAGAAGUGGCAACUUAGCCUUAUUCCUCAUCUGCUCUUGCUAUACUUUGACCCCAUUCAAUCUAACCUCCACAUAAAUGACAACUCCCAUGCUUGUCUUUCGGAGUUCUGCAAUUGAACUUAUUUUUUUUUCCUAAUUAUUGUUCUUUGUAUAUUUAAAAGUGAAAUUUCUCUUUCUGUCCUUCUAAUGGCAUUUAAUCCAGCUAUAUUA